AUGACCUAUACUGUUGCUCCUCAUCUCGAAUACUUCACCAUCCCCCUCCAGGACUUCGCGGCCGCGCGACCUGAAUUUGAAGAGUUUGGUGUUGGCGCUUACAUUUUCUCUCAUGCCGAUCCCACCCCGCGCAUCCUUCUUCUCCAGCGUGCGCUGACAGACUCAAUGCCCGGCUGUUGGGAGGGCCCCGGAGGCGCAUGCGAGCUGGAAACCGACAAAACCUUACUCGAUUCCCUUGUACGCGAAACGCUAGAAGAAAGUGGAUUGCAUGUGUCUCACAUUGUUGACCUCGUCGCGGUGGAUUGCUGGGAGCACCAUCGCCGCAGUGGUGGCAAAGCCCGUAUUACCAAGUACUCGUUUGUUGUCGAGGUUCAAGAGACCUUGCGAUGGUCAGCAGGAAAACAGCAACCGGUGCCAACACUUCAAAUACCUAUUCAACUGGAGCAAUUGGAGCACCAGAAAUUCGACUGGGCGAUAAAAGAGGAUAUUCUGCUUUCUGUCCAAUCCCCUAACGGUCGAUACAGAUUCCCAUUGCCCUUAAUUGGCCAUCAAGCACCUAAUAUCCUAAGGGCUUUUGAUUUGGUUGAAGAAUGA